GACAGUCAAGUUUCAAUAAAAGUGUCAGGUUUCAAGAAAGAGACAUAUCGCGUGCAAGCUGCUUAAAAAAUUUCCGACUUUAUUCAUAUGUCUCUCUAUGCUCAUGCGCGCUGCAUUCUGGACCAACCAGAGUAACCUUAGGGGAAGGAGGAAAACGCUGGCGGCAAGAGAGAGGGGAGGAUUUUGCGCUAUCGCGUAUAUAUACAUAUAUUGACAUUAUACAUACGCGUUAUAUUGCUAAGUACGACAGGCACGUCGACGUCAGUCAUUUGACUGCGUGAAGCUCACGGUCUUUACGCAUAGUGGCCGUAGUUACGUUGACGUAUAAUUAUGAGUUGUGGAUUCGUCACUUGUGGCCCGAACGAGGCUCUCGUCGUCUCAGGAUGUUGCUACAGCAAACCUCUCUUGGUACCUGGAGGCCGAGUGUUUGUUUGGCCCCUUGUGCAACAAGUACAAAAGAUUUCUUUAAAUACAAUGACCUUACAAGUCGAGAGUCCAACAGUGUACACUUGUCAAGGAGUUCCAAUAUCUGUAACAGGCAUUGCACAGGUAAAAAUUCAAGGACAAAAUGAAGAGAUGCUAUCUACGGCGUGUGAGCAGUUUCUUGGAAAAUCUGAAGACGAGAUACACAAUAUAGCUCUCGUCACUCUAGAAGGACAUCAACGAGCUAUAAUGGGUAGUAUGACUGUAGAGGAAAUUUACAAAGAUCGUAAAAAGUUUAGCAAGGAAGUCUUUGAAGUAGCGAGCAGUGAUCUAGUCAAUAUGGGCAUUACUGUUGUAUCAUACACAUUGAAAGAUAUCCGAGACGAAGAAGGGGCAAAGGGUUAUUUACAAGCACUCGGUAUGGCACGUACAGCAGAAGUGAAGAGAGAUGCUAGAAUAGGUGAAGCAGAAGCUCGCAGAGACGCUCAAAUUAGAGAAGCUAUCGCCGAGGAACAAAGAAUGGCUGCACGUUUCCUUAAUGACACAGAGAUUGCAAAAGCGCAACGUGAUUUUGAAUUGAAAAAGGCUGCUUAUGAUGUUGAAGUCCAAACCAAAAAAGCUGACGCAGAAAUGGCAUUCGAACUACAAGCAGCAAAAACUAAACAAAGGAUCAUGGAAGAGCAAAUGCAAGUAAAGGUUGUAGAACGUAGCCAGGAGAUCGCCGUGCAAGAGCAGGAAAUGUUGAGACGCGAAAGGGAAUUAGAUGCCACUGUACGACGUCCUGCUGACGCAGAAAAAUACAGAUUAGAGAAAAUGGCCGAAGCAAAUAAAUUGCGUCUUGUUAUGGAGGCUGAAGCCGAAGCUGAAGCUAUUAAGAUUCGCGGUGAGGCGGAAGCCUUCGCUAUCGAAGCAAAAGCUAAGGCAGAAGCAGAACAAAUGGCAAAGAAAGCUGCGGCAUGGAACGAGUACAAGAGCGCAGCCAUGAUAGACAUGAUGCUUGAUACACUUCCAAAGGUUGCCGCCGAAGUAGCCGCUCCUCUUUCUCAAGCAAAAAAGAUAACUAUGGUUUCAAGUGGUAAUGGCACUAUUGGUGCCGAAAAACUAACCGAGGAAGUUUUCAAUAUUGUACAGCGUGUUCCAGAUCUUGUUAAAAAUUUGACGGGCGUGGACAUUGCGAAGUCGGUACACGCUGCGUAAAUGUGCGAUAUGAAGGAAAAUUGAAUAAUUUUCCUAGUCAAAUGUUUUUCAAUGUACAUUUAUAAAAAGUAUUUAAUGGAUUCUUUUAUUAUAUAUACAUUUACUUUAAACAUCUUGCCCUAUAAUGUAGGCUAAGUUUAAUUGAGUAUUGGAAUUUCUGUAUUAUGAAAAUUUAACACUUUCACUGCCAUUUUAUAACAUCUGUGUAGAUUACUUGUGUAUGUGAGCCCAAAUUGAUGCAUUUUACUUUCGAAAGUUAGUUAAUCAAUUAGUGUAUAAAUGAUCUUUCAUUUUUAUUACAAAAACUUAAGCAGGUCUGGGCCAUAAAAUGUGUUUGAAAUACUUUUAUUUAAAAUACACUAUUUGCAACACAAAUAUAUUUUGUAUUUCAGCGGAGGAUAUGAAGGUAUUACGUAUUCUGUAAUCAUAUUACGUAUUCUGUGCUCCACUAAAAUGCAAAGUACAAAAUACAAAAAUUGUGUUACAAAUACUGUUUUUCAAAUAAAAGUAUUUCAAAUAUAUAUCAGCCCUGAUUUUAAGAAUACAGUACCUCGCACAAGAAAUUUUGUUAUUUGUUAAUUUCAAUUUUACUAAUCUAGACAGUGAAAGUGUGGCAUAGCAUUACUCUUGCUUAUAUUACUAUAUUCUGUUCAACGAGAGACCUCGAUUUGCGCAUAGCAGGCAACGUAAGGUUGUACAAGACGCUAUUACAAGACCUGCACAAAACGGAUGAGUUUUCGGGGUCAUUCUCUUGUUAAACGGAGUAUAAUAUUAUUUUUAUACCAAUCACUUUUUAAUUAAUAGCGUUUUCUCUUGGGAUACACUGGGUACCUCGCAUCGCACCAGUUGCGUGUAAGCGCUACACUCAGUUACACUACACUAGAGUGAUGCACAUGAAUGAUGUACACUACAUCAUUAUUGCGCUUGUUCCCGCUUGACUUCCAUUUUCAAAUUUUAAAUGUCACACUGGGUCUACACCAUUUGAGACGGUGAAAAUCUCACUUCGUACAUAAAAUUUGCACUACACCGUAGCCACAAAAUUUGCAAACACCGAAUGAGUUUACCACCAGUCAUGGAAACAUGGUACACUGUCUGAGUGUUGCAUUAGUGGGCGAUAGUGCAACUAAGAGAAAACGCUAUAAGAUUUUAUUAACUACUUAGUAUAUAUUUUCCUAACUCAAUUUUUAAAUAAAAAAAAAAGUGUGUGCGUUCUCUCUGUCGAAUCUCUUGAGAGCCAAUGAUGGUCUCCCUGUUUAUCUAUAAUUCUAUGCCAAUAUGUGCCGAAUGCCAUUUCUUCAGAUAUUCUAUUACAUGUGUAUCUUACAAAUAUAAUUAAGCAUCUAUUUAGAGAUGAAAGUAAUGUAUUUAAUAUCGUUCACAUAAAGAGAUCUUUCUUCUAGUCCUUGAGAUAAAUUUAUAUGUAACAUUUGGCAUAAACAUUCUAUUUUCUGUAUACGAUACAAAAUGAAAGAAACAGUAAUAUAUUUUAUCCCAUGUUUAUAUAUAUAUAAGUCAUAAAUUACUAUGAUCCAGUCAUUUAUAAAAAGUCAUAUAAUUGUAACUUUUGAAUAAAGCUUCUGACUACAUACAUUUA